CAACUACAUCAACGUCAACUUCCACUUCCACUUCCACCACGUCGCCAACAGACAAUCGCACGACCACGCACCCACAAACACACGCCGCCACUCGCGCACACGAACCUCUGCCCAUCAUGGUCGCCGUCGGCCCCCUCAGCCCCUCGGCCGUCCUGCGCGCCAUGGCCGAGGCCCUCUCGACCCACCAGCAUGGCGACACCACCUCAGACCUCAGCAGCUCCCACGAAGCCCUCGCCCUCUUUGUCCACGCCUGCAUGACCUCGCUUGGCUUCCGCCUCCUCGGCUUCGACGAGGACAAGCCAGACGAAGCACAGUGCCACAGCAUCGCCCCGCGUCUGCCUGCAAACUGGAACGCCAGCUUCAACACCUACGCUUUUGUCUACACCCACCACGACUCCUCCUCGAGCCGCUUCGUCAUAAAGGUCGAUCGCCUCGGCGGCAAGGCGGAAAUCCGCGGCAUCGCCCAUGGCAGCGACACCAUCGCCCGCGCAGAGGUCCUCAUCAAAGACUACAUCAGCAACGCCGCCCUACCCCUGCGCAUCACUCUCAACGACGAGGGUCUCGAAGAAAGGGCCGACCUGCCGCAGAAACUCCGCAACAUCCUCGUCUCAAAUGACCAGAUCAUCGCCUUGGCCAACCUUGUCCAUGUCCAGAUUGUCCAGGAGCUGCUGCCUAGCUCUCAGCCUGGUGACGCGCAGCCAGCAGAGGACCAGGAGGAAUCGCCGGAUGACCGCGCCGCUCGCGAAGACGCCGAAGAUACAAGUCGGCGUGGGCCGAGGAAUCCGCAGCCAGAAAUACCUGACCUGACCCCCAAGCCUGCGAAUCCUUAUCCCUUCAGAGACCCCCUGGACCCGCCACCAAGAGCCCCCGUCCCGGCCGGCGACUUCCCACCGCCCGACUUUGAGGACCCUUACGACAUCAACCGGCCGCGAGGCGGUGGUCCUCUCCAUACCGGCGGCCGGACUCCGUUUGGUGGUGUCGGUGCCGAUGAUCUGAAUCCACCUCCACUCGGCCCGGGUCUGCAUGACCCCUUGCGGCCCGGUGGCGGCGGCGGGUGGGGCGGCCUCCCCGGCGGCGGUCACCGCGGCAUGCACCCCACUUUCGGCGACCCGAUGUUCGGCGGUCUGGGUCCCGACAGGCCCGACUUCGAUCCUCAAGCUCCCCCGGGGGCGCGAUUCGACCCCGUGGGCCCCUUUGGCGGCCCGCCAUCUGGCAGAAUGGGCGGGCGUCGCGGCGGAGGCCCUGGUGGGUUUGGCGGCGGCGGCGGUGGUUUUGGAGGCGGCGACUUCAUCUAAGGCAUGGAAAACCUCUGGGCUGUCGGGAUACUUCAAUUUGUAAAACACCUUUUUCGUGCCUUUUUUUUUGUGUCCGCUUGUGCCCUCCACUCUCUAAAUGGAACGAGCAAGAGGAACAUGGAACUUUUCCUAGACGGUCGCGGGUUGCGAGGCGUUCUUUCUACAAACCAAAUUGACCCUUCAUUCUUACUUGUAUUAUCUAGUUAAAUGAUACAUAUUUCAUUCAUGGUAAC